GUUCGCUAGCCAGUGAAAAAUGUCGAAAAACUUCAAUGUUGGUCUGCUCGGGCACGUGGACAGCGGGAAGACCACUUUAGCCCGAGCUCUGAGCUCCAUCUCGAGCACAGCAGCCUUCGAUAAGAAUCCCCAGUCCGUAGAUCGGGGCAUUACGUUGGACUUGGGUUUCAGCGGCCUGCUCGUCGAUGCACCGCCAAAUCUGCCGCAAACGGAUAAGCUGCAGUUCACCUUUGUCGACUGCCCCGGCCAUGCAAGUCUCAUACGCACCAUCAUAGGAGGUGCCCAGAUCAUCGAUCUAAUGCUGCUCGUGGUAGAUGCCCAGAAGGGGAUUCAGACGCAGACAGCCGAGUGCCUAGUCAUAGGGGAGCUCCUGCAGAAGAAGCUAAUUGUGGUCAUCAACAAAAUCGACGCCUUCGCGACCGCUCAGAGGGAAAUAAAGCUGGAGAAGCUACGCGCGCGUCUGGUCAAGACUCUGGCGGCCACAAGUUUCGGCAGCGAAGUUCCCAUGUAUGCAGUUUCUGCCCUUGAGGGAAUCUACAUUCCCGAGCUGCGUGCCGGCCUGAGUGAUGCAUAUUUUCAACCGCAGCGGAAUGUGAGCGCUCCACUCUUGAUGUACGUUGAUCACUGCUUUGGGAUCAAGGGCCAAGGCACAGUCUGCACCGGCACACUGAUCCAGGGGAGCAUACAGGUCAACGAUACAGUGGAGCUGCCGGCUCUCGGCGAGAAGCGGAAGGUGAAGGCCAUGCAAAUAUUCCGAGAGAACGUGAGCAGCGCCUCCAUGGGUGAUCGGAUCGGCCUCUGUGUCACCCAGUUCAAUGCCAAGCUGCUGGAGCGCGGUGUGAUUGCAGAGCCGGGCUACCUAAAGCUCGUGUUUGCCGUAUGCCUGCAACUGAGACCGAUCCGCUACUACAAACACGUCAUCAGAUCAAAAAGCAAGCUCCACAUUACCGUCGGCCAUGACACCGUAAUGGCCAAUAUAACCUUGUUCCAAGACAAGGAAGUCCGAUCGCCCGAAUUCGAUCUCGGCAGGGAGUAUGAGUAUGUGGAGGAGCUGCUUCCAGCGGAGAUGUCGGCCUACGGGGUCGUGUUUGCCCUCCUGCAGUUCGAAAGCCCCGUCCUGACCACGUUGGGUACUACUUUGAUUGCUUCCAAGCUGGACAUGGACGCACAUAGUAACAGCUGCCGUUUGGCCUUCUGGGGCCACAUCGCCUGGCAGACGCAGGACACCAACUACGCCCAAGACGUCCUGCCCAAACUGCGCGUCUUCAAGCGGAAGCAGAAAGUGGCAAGCAUCCAGCGGGUGGUCAACGCGAAUGAGGUGAUUGUCCAGAACCUGUUCAAGAAGGAGGCCAACCGGGACAUGUACGUGGGCAAGUGGAUCGAGCUGUCCACCGGAGAGAGGGGCUGCAUAGAGCGAACCUUCGGACAGACCUCCAAGGUCUGCAUUGUGUUCCGAGAAGCUCUUUCGGACUCGACGAUAGAAAAAUUCAGGGACUUGCAGGUGCUGUUAAAUUGCAAGAAGUAUGUUUUCAAUAAACAGGCGGGCCUGUUUCAAUGAUUUAACGUUACUGUGCAGUAGUUCUAGCGGAUAAAACAAUAAA